AAAAGCUAUAUCGAUGGUUCAUUCAUUUAUGUGACGUCAUUAUGGCCUGGUUGGGUUAGGUUUGCUUGGAAAUUUUUGUUAACAAUCUUGUAUUUUAAUAUAUUAUAUGUUGUGCUACUUAUUUUAGAUUAGUAAUAUAAAUACCUCAUAUAGUACCGGUAAUCCUGGUGCCAAGAAGUGUCUGUUUCGACGACCUUUUCUGGCGAAAAUGAAUCGCCAUGAAGGAGUCAGCUGUGAUUCUUGUUUGAAAAAUAACUUCAGAGGACGACGAUACAAAUGUUUGAUUUGCAUCGACUAUGACUUGUGCGCAGCCUGCUAUGAGUCCGGCGCUACCACAAACCAACACACUACAGAGCAUCCUAUGCAAUGCAUUCUAUCUAGAAGUGACUUUGAUCUGUACUAUGGUGGAGAGGCAUUAACAUUGGAACAGCCUCAGGCAUACACAUGUCCGUUCUGCAAUAGAAUGGGCUUCACUGACACAGCACUCAUGGAGCAUGUUACGGCAGAGCAUGCAGACACUACAUUGGCUGUGGUAUGCCCAGUGUGCGCUUCGAUGCCCGGUGGGGAGCCAAACUUUGUUACUGAUGAUUUUGCUGGACAUCUCACGUUGGAACACAGGACUGGUCCCAGAGAUCUCAUUUCAUUUCUUGAUUCCUUAACGUCCAUGCACGAUGAACCAAGCGGCAUCAGGCAUGGCGGAGUUCGACGAAUGCAGCACACGGGCCGCGGCGUGACUCGCGCGCGGCGUACCAAUAUGCAGUUCAGCACGGGCGGCGGCAUCUCAUCACUGUCGCCGUCAUCCCGCGACGCCGUGGUGGACCCGAUCGCGGAGCUUCUCUCGCAGCUGUCGGGCGUGAGGCGCGGCGCCGGCCAGCCCGGCACGCCCAGUCAGCUGCAGCAGUUGCAGAUGCAGUUGCAGCUAGAGAGGCAGCAGGCUACGUUUACUCACCGACAGGCGGCCCGGCAGCAGCUGGAGCGGCUGCCGCGGCGCGCGGGCGGCGCGGGGGCCGGGGGCGGGGCCGGGGGCAGCGCGCCGCCCCCCGCGCCGCAGCCCGCCGCGCCGCAGCCGCAGCCGCACACAGAACCCACGGACUCACAGUUUCUCCUCUCCGGCUUUCUCGGCGGCAACGACAGCCAGGCGGGCGCGGAGGCGGAGAGCCGCGCGGCGCUGCUGCGCGGGCUGGUGCUGGCGUCGCUGGGCCGCGCCGCGCCGCCACCGCGCCGCCGCCGCCCGCCGCGCCGCCCUGCCCGCCGCGCCCGCGCCGCGCCCGCGCCCGCGCCGCCCGCCGCCACGCUGCGCGUCAGGCCGCAGCCGCGCACCAAGGAGGCGGCGGCCCGCGCGCACGCGGCGGCGCGCCAGCUGCCAGAGGGCAGGUAGGAGCGGCGCGCGGCCCGGCCCCGCCGCGCCCGCGGCCCGCGGCGCCGCCCGGCCCCUGCCCGGCAGCUAGGGCCCCGCGCCCGGCCCCCGCCGCGCCGCCCCGGCCCCUGCCCGGCAGCUAGGGCCCCGCGCCCGCGCCGGUGGAACUGUUGGAUGUUAGAUGUUACGGUAGUCCACGACCUCGGUCGCGCUCGCACUUAAGGGGUAAAGUCUGUGGCCGUCGAUGUUGUUAGUGUUUAUCCGUUGUACAUAUGGAGUCGCGGGCGGCGCCGGCGUCUCCGACCGGCCUCGCACCCUUACCUGGACUCGUUUCUUUGUUUUACGCUAACACUUAUUAGUGGACGCUUUUGUUUGUUUUGUUGGCUUUCGAAAUAUCCGUGUGAUUUCUUUUCUAGUAGAGAAUUAAUAGUGAUGGAAUGUUUUAAUCGAUUAAAUUACGAUUAAAUUAAAAAGAAUAAUGAUAUGCAUAGGGCGUCGUUAUUAAAUUAUUAUCGUACGAGAGGAGUCCUAUCGAAUUGCAUUUGCAUUAAGAUUAGAUAAGUUUUAAUAAUUCGCAAAUUCGCAGAUUACUCAAAAUUAAUUAUAAACAAAGACAACGGUCGUUCAUGAGUUUGACGUCGUUUCUUUAGGAUCGUUAUUAAAAUAAUUAUUGUAUUUAUCUUAUAUAAAGUGUAGGUAUUGUUUUAAUUUAUUCAGCAAGUUUUUAACAUAUUUCACGGUAAACACUGACUCCUCUCUAAAGUUAUUUUUAUAAAACAGUUGAAAACAUACUUACCCACAAAUUUUCACUAGCUACUCAAACAAAGUGCUUAUUAGUUUGAUUAUUAUACUCCAACAUUACAAAAUGUUUGUAUGUACCCUAAUUAAAUUCUAUAAUAUUACAA